AUGUCGUCCCCAACUCCAUCAGCGACAUUCGCAGAAUCGUUAUCAAUAUUUUCAAAGGCAGCCUACCAAGCUGUAAGUCUUCUUGCCCUUCAUAAAUGGUGUAACUAUGUUAGUAAUAUGGCACUACGCCAGUUCGCGGAUGUCGAGGCGCGGUCACGCUUGGAGGUGGCACGUAUGUGCGUUGAGCUACGAGAAGCUAAAGCGGAUAGAGAUAAGGCAGUUAGAGAGCUGCAUGUAUUCCAACUUGAAGCACAAGGUUGGAAACAAGAGAUUGUUUCGACGAAAGCUGCUCUCUCCCAAGCCGAGUUAACAAUCGCUCAUCAAGCAGAGACGCUCGCUGGGCAGAUCGAGACGAUCACUCAACUCCGGCGUGAGGUGACCCAAUGGAAAGACCAGUCGCGCAAUUGGCAAGAACACUUCCUACGCGUCGAGCAGGAACGAUGUGCGCAGUCAUCGAGGAUAGAUGAGCUGGUCGUCGAGAAGCUUCAGCCUCAGAGGGUAAGCUCAGCGGCGCUUCAGACCCCCAAGUCCAUGAAGUAUUCCAAUACUUCAAAUUCAGCGCCCUCGUCGAAGGGGCCUUUGGAGACGACAGUAUCGCCAACUCAGGCACCCGCUCCACCGAGCCCGUCAUCGCUCGAUUCUCCCACCGUAAUACCUGGAUCCCAACCCGGAUCUGGCACAAACCCCCAACGACGCAAACGCAGAGCCAAAAGCCAUAUCGAUCACGAGCGAGAUGUGCGCCCCCUACAGGCUGGGAACGAUAGAGGAGAAGGGUCGUCCACAGGCGUGAAACGUGUUAAGAAAAACCUUGCCUCAAGUGUACAGCAAUCAGCGGUACCGGCAGCAUUACCUAAGGAAGAUGCUCCAGCAACUAUACGCUCGUCUACAGUCAUUCGUAGGGUGCAAGCCGUUGUGCACGUCAAGCGUGAGGAGAGCUGCUCAGGUGAUGAGGCUUUCUUACGCGAUAACGUAGGCAUCGCGCCUACGUAUCAGAAUGUCGCAACUACAUCAACCACUACUAUCAAAAAGAAAGAGGAGUCUGAAGAGUAUCAGCGAUAUCUGCGAACGCCGCGCCGAAAAAUCAUUGAAGACGAAUCAGAGGAUGAGGAGCAGCAGAAUGAAGAUGAGCAGGAAAUUGAUGCCCAGAUCGUCGACUCUGGUUCGGGUGCAUGGCCUGAUGCUGGUCGUCCACGCCAACAAAGUGGCCAGCGAAGGUUCAGGCAACGGAAUCGUAUAAAUUAUAAAGAGGAUGGCGACUCCGAAGUGGAAGAGGACGAGGACGAGGACGAAGAUGAUGAGCUGAUGAUGGGCGCCGAGGAUAAUCACGAAGAGGUGUACGGCACACAGCGCGUCGAAACCAACCAUGAUAACGGCCGGUCCAAGAAGCAUGCUCACGCUGUCCCAACUCCGAUAAAAAGACGUAAAGUGCACGGUCGAUGA